AGAAGCCCUUGCGGGAGGGCAUUUAAAGCUCCCUCCUUAGGAGGGGCUGCAUUGCAGCAAAGGAGGAGGGUGUGCGGAACACGCACACGCAGAGCUGCACACACCCUCCCAGACAAAAGCAGGAUCGAAGGCUGGCCAGACCAUCUGUACCUCUCUGGACCACGAGAAAUCUCUGGCUGCACAAAGACGACUCCUUCCCUUGCGCCUGCAGCGAGCAAGCCAAUCCCUUGCAUCCUUCUCUGAGGAAGUGAGAAAUGAGGGACACGAUGAACUCCCAGUACGACUCCUUCCUAUACUGGAGGAUGCCCAUUCCGGAGCUGGAUCUGGCUGAGCUGGAGCACCUGGGCUUAGCUGAUAUGGGCAUCUACAAGCCCAGCGGAGGCUUCAGCAGCCUCACCACUGACCGGAAGAAAAAAAAUGGCAAAGUCUCCAACGGAGAAGACGAUGACGAUGGCAGCCUCCUCCAGUUCAACAGCUUUAAUUUCUGGAGGGCUCCUAUCGCCCGCAUUAGCCCUUUAGAUUUUGACCUUAUCUAAUGCCGACACAGUUGGGCUCCAGUCUAGUGUGAAGAGUGAGAAGGCUAACCCUUUGUCUAUCUCCCCUUCCCCCCCCCCCAAUUCAUUCCCUCCCUGUAGUGACGUUAUCUUUUCAAGCUGUACGGUGAUGCUAAAUUGCAAUGGCUCAUGGCGGGA